AAAGGAAACCGGAAGUUGUUUCGUUUGCUCUGUUGACCGCAUUCGAUUUUUCUCCAGCUCUGUCGUUCCUUCUGUGAUCUACCAAAUUUCUUCAUAAAUAACGGAGCAGCGCUCAAUUGAAAUUAACAUGAAAUUUCUAAUUGUAUUGUUGGUUAUUAUGGAUCUAAAUAUGGUGCAAUAUCUUUCACACUAACACAAUUUUUUAAAACACAAGGGUCCAUUUAAUCAUGACACAAAAUCAUGUGCCGGGCAUGGAAGCGUCAGCCGUCUCCGUUCUCAAGAGGGCUGUGGAGUUGGACAAGAGCUCCCGCUUCCAGGAGUCCAUCGUUUGCUACCAAGAAGGAAUCCAGCUACUCAUGGACGUACUGAAAGCUGUCAAGGAUGACUCAAAGAAAACUCACUACAGAGAAAGGAUCAAGGGGUACAUGGAGCGAGCAGAGCAGAUUAAAGUCCAUCUGAAUCGAGAAAAAGAAGAGGGUAAAUAUCACGAACAGAUUAAAAUUCCAGAGAAUGCCACAGGAUACAGCUACGACAAACUCUUCAGACCUUACAUCAGUGACACCCUGACGGAGGUGUGGGUGGAGGAUCCCUAUGUCAGACACAUCCAUCAGCUGUACAACCUCUUGCGUUUCUGUGAAAUGCUGCUGAAGGCCCCGUGCGAAGUCAAAAGGAUUCACCUCCUCACCUCUCAGGAUGAGGGUGAGAGCUCCUCCCAGCAGACCAAUGCUCUGGCUGAAAUUAAGCAGUCUCUGCAGGCCCACAAGGUGACCCUGGAUCUUCAGUACUCCUCCACCAUCCAUGACAGGGAAAUCAGGUUUGACAAUGGCUGGAUAAUCAAAAUUGGAAGAGGACUGGACUACUUUAAGAAGCCACAGGGUCGAUUCUCUAUCGGGUAUUGCGACUAUGACCUGAGGCAGUGCCAAGAGACAACAGUGGAUGUUUUCCACACAAAACACACAAAGACAACUUAACCAUGAAAAUACUGUUUUCAUAAAUCUACUGGAGGACAUUGGGUACAGUACAAAAAUCAAACUGGACUUCUCUCGAGCUUUCGGAACAACAUUCUUUCACUUUAUGUACUUUUGAGUAGGUCAUUUCAUUAGAGUUAAUUACUUUGUACAUUAUAAUAACUGACAAACAUGGAUCAUCCAAUCUCAUCACCUUUCAUGAGUUGGUUCAAAAUAAUCAUUCAAGGUACCUUAAAGUUGGUGAGAUUUGAAGAUCUACUCCCAGUCCUUGUUCUAAACACCUGGUCACAAAAGAUGUUCAAACAUUCUUACUUGAAAUUGUAUGAGGAAAGAUGAAAUACUAAGUGCCUUGGCAAUAUAGGGAUGACUAGGUCUUCCAGAAUUCCAGAGUAUGGUGGAUCACUGUUGCACCAUUUGGGAAACAAAUGGCUCUUUAAAAUCUAAAGGGUCAAUCCCACUGUUUUGGGAGCAAAGUGAAUGCACUUGUGCACAGAACAGGAUCUCAAGCACAAGCUUCCAAGCUCCACUGUAGUGUGCAGAAUCACCAAAAUAUGUUGCGUGCAUUGUUGCCCCAGUGAUCCACCUAGCACUGGAGUCAGCCCUGCCCUGUUUGCACAAUAGGAGAGUAGCCUUUCAGACCUAGGUGUAUAUUUACACAUGUGCAUUUGUUACUUUUUUGUUGGAUACAUAUCAUGGUGGCAGGCACUGUAUGCUUUAUAUAGUGAAUUAAAAUACGAUUUUU